GAAUCGCCUAAAAGAAAUUGAACACAAUCUCUCUAAAAUAAUGAGACUUGACAAUGAAAUUAAAGCCUUGGAAAGCCGAAAAAAGCAAAUGGAAAAAGAUAACAGUGAAUUAGAACAGAAAAUGGAAAAGGUUUUUCAAGGUACUGACGAGCAACUUAAUGACUUAUAUCACAAUCAUCAGAGAGUAGCAAGGGAGAAAGAAAGGAGGUUAGUAGACUGUCAGCGUGAACUGGAAAAGCUAAAUAAAGAAUCUAGGCUUCUCAAUCAAGAAAAGUCAGAACUACUUGUCGAACAAGGUCGUCUACAGCUACAAGCAGAUCGCCAUCAAGAACAUAUCCGAGCUAGAGAUUCAUUGAUUCAGUCAAUGGCAGCACACUUGGAAUUGGAUGGCUUCCAGCGUGGACCUUUCAGUGACAGACAGAUUAAAAAUUUUCACAAACUAGUGAGAGAAAGACAAGAGCAGGAAGCAGAAACUGCCAACCAGCAGAUGAAUGACUUUGCUGAAAAGGAAACUCUGAAACAAAAACAAAUAGAUGAGAUAAGGGAUAAGAAAACAGGACUGGGAAGAAUAAUUGAGCUAAAAUCAGAAAUCCUCACUAAGAAGCAGAAUGAGCUGAAAAACGUGAAGCAUGAAUUGCAGCAAUUGGAAGGAUCUUCAGACAGGAUUCUUGAGUUGAACCGGGAGCUCACAAAAGCUGAACAUGAGUUAAGCAAGGCUGAGAAAAACAGCAAUAUAGAAACCCUAAAAGCAGAAGUGAUAAGCCUUCAGAAUGAGAAAGCAGGCCUAGACAGGGCCUUGCGUAAAUUGGACCAGGAGAUGGAGCAGUUAAAUCAUCACACAACAACCCGUACCCAGAUGGAGAUGCUGACUAAAGACAAAGCUGACAGAGAUGAGCAAAUCAGAAAAAUAAAAUCUAGGCAUAGUGAUGAACUAACUUCACUGUUGGGGUACUUUCCCAACAAAAAACAGCUUGAAGACUGGCUCCAUAGUAAAUCAAAAGAAAUUAAUCAGACCAGGGAUAGACUUGCCAAAUUGAACAAGGAACUAGCAUCAGCUGAGCAAAAUAAAAAUCAUAUAAGUAAUGAACUAAAAAGAAAGGAAGAGCAGCUGUCCACUUAUGAAGACAAACUAUUUGAUGUUUGUGGUAGUCAGGAUUUUGAAAUCGAUUUAGACAGGCUUAAAGAGGAUAUUGAAAAAUCUUCAAAACAGCGAGCUAUGCUGGCUGGAGCCACUGCAGUUUACUCUCAGUUCAUUACUCAGCUAACAGAUGAAAACCAGUCGUGUUGCCCUGUCUGUCAGAGAGGUUUUCAGACAGAGGCUGAAUUACAAGAAGUCAUCAGCGAUUUGCAGUCUAAGCUGCGGCUUGCUCCAGAUAAACUCAAGUCAACAGAGUUAGAGCUGAAGAAAAAAGAAAAGCGUCGAGAUGAAAUGCUGGGGCUUCUGCCCAUGAGGCAAAACAUAAUUGAUUUGAAGGAGAAGGAAAUACCAGAAUUAAGAAACAAACUGCAGAAUGUCAAUAGAGACAUACAGCGUCUAAAAAAUGACAUAGAGGAACAGGAAACGCUGUUGGGUACCAUAAUGCCUGAAGAAGAAAGUGCCAAAGUAUGUCUGACAGAUGUUACAAUUAUGGAGAGGCUUCAGAUGGAACUUAAAGAUGUUGAAAGAAAAAUUGCACAACAAAAAGCAAAACUACAAGGAAUAAAUUUGGAUCGAACUGUUCAACAAGUAAACCAAGAAAAACAAGAAAAACAACACAAAUUAGAUACAGUUUCCAGUAAGAUUGAAUUGAAUCGUAAGCUUAUACAGGACCAGCAGGAGCAAAUACAACACCUAAAAAGUACAACAAAUGAACUUAAAUCAGAGAAACUUCAGAUAGCCACUAAUUUACAACGUCAUGAGCAGCUUGAGGAGCAAACUGUGGAAUUAUUCACUGAAGUUCAGUCUUUACACAGAGAGAUAAAAGAUGCUAAAGAGCAAAUCAAUCCUUUGGAAACAACACUGGAAAGGUUCCAACAGGAAAAAGAAGACUUAGCCAACAAAAAACAUGAAAGCAGCAAAAUAGCACAGGAUAAACUGAACGAUCUCAAAGAGAAAGUUAAAAAUAUUCAUGGCUAUAUAAAGGACAUUGAGAAUUAUGUUCGAGAUGGAAAAGAUGAUUAUAAGAAGCAAAAAGAAACUGAACUUAAUGCAGUAAUAGCUCAACUAAGUGAAUAUGACAAACAGAAAGAAAAGAUAAGCAAAGAAAUGGGAGUCAUGAGACAAGAUAUUGAUACACAGAAGAUACAAGAAAGGUGGCUACAGGAUAACCUUACUUUAAGAAAAAGAAAUGAGGAACUGAAGGAAGUUGAAGAAGAAAGGAAACAACAUUUGAAGGAAAUGGGUCAAAUGCAGGUUUUGCAGAUGAAAAAUGAACAUCAGACGUUAAAAGUGAACAUAGAUGAUAUAAAAAGAAAUCGUGAUUUGGCAUUGGGGCGACAGAAAGGGUAUGAGGAAGAAAUUAUUCGUUUUAAGAAAGAACUCCGAGAACCUCAGUUUUGGGAUGCUGAAGAGAAAUACAGAGAAAUGAUGAUUGUUAUGAGAACAACGGAGCUUGUGAACAAGGAUCUGGACAUUUAUUAUAAGACCCUUGACCAAGCAAUAAUGAAAUUUCACAGUAUGAAAAUGGAAGAAAUCAAUAAAAUUAUUCGUGAUCUUUGGCGAAGUACCUAUCGUGGACAAGAUAUCGAAUACAUAGAAAUUCGCUCUGAUGCCGAUGAGAACGUAUCAGCUUCUGAUAAAAGACGGAAUUACAACUACCGAGUCGUGAUGCUGAAAGGAGAUGCGGCCUUGGACAUGCGAGGACGCUGCAGUGCUGGGCAGAAGGUGCUGGCCUCCCUCAUCAUCCGCCUGGCACUGGCCGAAACGUUCUGUCUGAACUGCGGCAUCCUUGCCUUGGAUGAGCCCACGACCAACCUCGACCGAGAAAACAUUGAAUCUCUCGCACAUGCCCUGGUUGAGAUAAUAAAAAGUCGCUCACAGCAGCGCAACUUUCAGCUUCUGAUAAUCACCCAUGAUGAAGAUUUUGUGGAGCUCCUGGGACGCUCUGAGUAUGUGGACAAAUUCUACAGGAUUAAGAAGAAUGUCGACCAGUGCUCAGAGAUCGUGCGAUGCAGUGUUGCUUCCCUGGGAUCGUACCUUCAUUAGCUUCUUGCUGCCGGGUCGGCUGGACCUCCUGGUGGCACGUCAUCUCCAACGAGCCCAAGAUGUUGGGUGGCUCUAAUAUCAUGAAAAUGGUUUCGCCUGAAACUGGAACUGAUCCCUGCGUGCUGUUCCCCUAGAGGCAGCCUCGGAGGCCUGCAGGUCGGCCGCGGCACAGCAGGCCUCAGCCUGGCUGCCCCCCACGAGCUCACGGAGCAGCAGCGCAUGCCUCUGAUGUUCACAACGCCCUGCUAAGUAGCAUAUCUGAAUGAAUUUCCUUGUGUGUGUUUCAAGGAAAACUGGGUUCUCAGCAUUAAUGUGUGAAGGUGGCUAGAAAGGAGAUUUUAAUGUCUGGCCCUGCCUUAUAAAUCUCUGCAAGUGACCUC